AUGAUCUAUUUUUACCUUGUUUUUUUUAUUCCAAACAUUUAUAUUAAAUGCCUAGAAAUUGUAAAAUCAUCAACUGAACAGCCCUCUUUCAACACCACUAUAAAAAAUAGUGCUGAAAAUAAGAUUAUUGAAUCUUCUACAUCAUAUAUAAAUAAGAUAUUAACCAAAAAUGUAAUAUCUAAAAAAAAUAAUACAAAUAUUGUUAAAAUUGGUUAUAUUGGAUCAUCGAAUGCAAUGCCUGGAGCUGAAGCUAUUCUUAAAAUGUGUCGUAAUGAAUUAUUAAAUGAUAAAAUUUUAGAUCAUAAUUUUGAUAUUCAAUUUGUUUAUUCACAUUCUAAUUGUAAAAAUUAUGAAGGUGUAGGUGUAGCUGUUGAAAUGUAUCAUCGUCAAAAUGUAAAAUUUUUUAUUGGACCAUUUUGUAAUUUAGAAAUGGAAGCUGUAUCAAAAAUGUCUGCAUAUUGGAAUAUUCCUGUUGUAGGAUAUAUGACAACAUCAAAUAUUUUUUCUAAUAAAAAUAUUUAUAAAACAUUAGCAAGAGUUUUAAUAAAAACUAAUAAUAAUUUAGCAAUUGCUGUAAGUGUUGUAUUAAAAUAUAAAAAAUGGAGAAAAGUAAUACUUGUUAUUGGUAGUGAUCCAACAUCUUAUGAAAGAUUAAUUCCUUUUGAAAAAUAUUUUCAACGAGAAAAUAUUACUAUUCUCAAAAAAAUAACAUUAGAUGAAAAUUUAAAUAGUAAUGAAAUUUUAAAAUCAGGAAUAUUAAAUGAAAUUAAAACAAGUGGUCGUAUUAUUAUAUGUAUUUUUAGUAAAACAAGUAAAACAUCUCAUAGAUUUAUGGAUGCUGUUUCUCAAGCAAAUUUAAAAACAAAUGAAUUUGUAUAUAUAUUUCCAUGGCUUCAAAAAGAAGUUAAAGAAUCAUUACCAUGGAUAGGAGUAAAUGGAGAAACAGAUCAAACUGUAAAAGAUUUAUUUAAAAAUACUAUUAUUGUUGAUGAUAUUUAUAGUUUUAAUAAUACAUUAAUGUUACAUUUUAAAGAAAAAAUGUUAAAAAAUAAUAUUGAUAUUAAUGAUUUAAAUUUGGAUAAUAUUUUUGGUUAUAUUAAUUUGUAUGAUUCAUUGAAAUUAUAUGUUUUAGUAGUAAAAAAAUUACUUCAACAACAUAAUGGAAAUUUUAGUGUAAUAAAUAAUGGAAGUUUAAUUUGGAAUAAAAUGAGAAGAUUUAAAUUUUCUGGUUUUAUAUCAACUACUGGAAUGGCUUCUGAAUUAUUAAUAAUGGAUGAUUUGGCAGAACGAAUGUCAUCAUAUGCAGCUUUUUUUGUUUCACAUAAAAAAAAUAAAAUUAUAAAAGUUUUUGAAAUGGAACCAAUAUUGAAUGAAAAUUGUGAUGGUCUUAAAUUAGAAUCAGGAUGUUUUAAAAUGAAACUAUUUGAUGUAGUUACAAAUUUCUGGCCAUCCAAUGAUGGUAAAUUACCAUCAGAUGAACCUGAAUGUGGAUUUAGAAAUGAAAAGUGUAACUACACAAUUUAUAUAGUUAUUGGUAUUGUUGGAAUACUUCUUAUUGCUAUUUUAAUUAGUAUAUUUCUUAUUUUAAAAAUUCUUGAAAAAAAAGCUUUAGAAAAAACACCAUGGAGAGUAUGGAGAGAUGAUAUGAGAUUAAUUUCAGAAGAUGAAAUGAAAUCAAUUUUAUCAAUGGAAUCAUCUAUGACACGAAUGUCUAACAUGAGUAAAUUUAUUAAAUAUCAUGCUAUUCUAGGAACAAAUACACAUGCAUCUUAUCAUUUAUAUCCACAAAAAAAUUUUAUUCAAUUUUCACGUGAAGAUAUUAUUUUAUUAACAGAAAUGAAACAAUUAGUUCAUGAUAAUAUUAAUCCAUUUAUAGGAAUAUCAUUUAAUGAAAAAAAUGAAAUGUUAGUUCUUUGGAAAUUUUGUUCACGUGGUACUAUACAAGAUAUAAUUUAUAAUGAAAAUGUUACAUUAGAUAGUAAAUUUCAUGCUGCUUUUAUUCGUGAUAUAACUAAUGGUUUAGAAUAUUUACAUUUAUCAUCGAUUGGAUAUCAUGGUUCAUUAACACCAUGGUGUUGUCUUAUCGAUAGAAAUUGGGCAGUUAAAUUAACUGAUUAUGGUAUUGCUAAUCCAAUAGAAAAAUGGAUAAGAAAAAAAUUAAUUGAUCCUGAAAAAGUUAGAUUAGAUAAUGAUAAAUCAGCUGCAACUCAAAAAACAAAUGUAUUAUAUUGUGCUCCAGAAGUUUUAAAAACAAGUGAAGAAAAUAAAAAAAGAAGAAUUGAUCAAUCAUGGAUAAAACAAAGUCAAGCUAAAAGACAAGCUGGUGAUAUUUAUGCUUUUGGAAUAUUAAUGUAUGAAAUAUUAUUUAGAAAGCUUCCUUUUAAUGAUGAAGUAGAUAUAUUAGAAUUAGUUGAUCUUCUUAAAAAUGAUCAUAGUUCUGUUAGACCUAUUAUUCAUGAUUAUAAUUCAAUACAUUCUGAUAUAGCUGCAUUAUUAUUAGAUUGUUGGCAUCUAAAUCCUGAAAUUAGACCAACAAUUCGACGUGUUAAACUUAAUACAGAAAAUUAUUUAAAAGUUAGAGGAUCAUUAGUUGAUCAAAUGAUGAGAGUAAUGGAACAAUAUGCAAAUAAUUUAGAAAAAUUAGUUCAUGAAAGAACUGGAAUGUUAGAAGAAGCUAAUAUUAGAGCUGAUAAUUUAUUAUCACAAUUAUUGCCUAAAUAUGUUGCUAAUGAAUUAAAAAUGGGAAGAACUGUUCCACCAAAAAUGUUUAAAGAAGCAACUGUAAUGUUUACUGAUAUUGUUGAGUUUACUAAGCUUUGUAGUAAUUCAACUCCAUUAGAAGUUGUAAACUUUUUAAAUAGUGUAUAUUCAGGAUUUGAUGAUAUUAUUAAAAAAUAUGAUGCAUAUAAAGUUGAAACAAUUGGUGAUGCAUAUAUGGUUGUAUCAGGAAUACCUGAAGAAAAUGGAAAUAGACAUUUGGCUAAUCUUGCUGAUAUAGCACUUGAUAUAGUAUUUUCAUUACAAACUUAUGUUAUUCCACAUCGUAAGGAUGAUAAACUUAAAGUUCGUUUAGGUAUUCAUUGUGGACAAAUAGCAUCUGGUGUUGUAGGUUUGACAGCACCUAGAUAUUGUUUAUUUGGUGAUACCGUCAAUACAGCAAGUAGAAUGGAAAGUACUGGAAUAGGAAAUCAAAUACAAGUUACAGAAACUUACAAAGAAACAUUAUUAUUACAUUAUCCAGAAUUUGAUUUUUCAUUACGUGGAUUAACUGAAGUCAAGGGUAAAGGAAAAAUUAUUACAUAUUGGUUGAUAGGUAAAAAUAGUGAUGAAAUAGCUUCAAAAAUCAAUAACGUACCAUAA